AUGUUAUUUUUGUUUUUCAUCUCAACUUUCAGUACUAAUUCAACUGAAAUUAAACCAUCAAGUUCUCCAACACCAUCCGCUGCUGGAAAUAGAACACCAAGACCAACAAUGUCUCCUUUCCCAGAAGAGUCAGAUGAAACCAAAGAGGCAAAAGUUCCAGACCCAACAGAAGAAGUCAUUUCAGCCGAUUUAAUUAAGAAUUUAGAAAUGGGAUCUAUCACUUAUAUCGGAUUUAUAUUGAUCGCUUUGAUUUUAUUAUUAUUUAUUGGCUGGAAAUUCUGCUACAAGAGCGCCACAAAUACAGGAGAAUUGCAAGAUGAUAUUGAAGUACAUUUGAAUGACGGUGAUAUUGUUGAUAAAGAUAUAAUGAUUGAAGUUGACGAUCAAUCAGAUUCAGAUCAAAAGAAACCUGAUAAUCAAGAAAAUUUAUAA